AUGGCGGCGGCGGAGCUGCGAAGCCGGCGUGUGGGCCCAGCGCAGACAAGCGGCGGCCUGGGGGAUCAUCCUCUCAGCCAGGCCAAGGAGACUGGCCGCCAGAAGCAGGAAAGCGCCGUGCAGGUGCAGCCGGGCACCUUCUGGCUAACCAGGAUUGUUUUGCUGCGCUCCAUAGCAUUUAUUUACUUUGUGGCCUUUUCUGUGGCUUACCAGCAAAACAAACAGUUGCUUGGAGAGAAGGGACUGCUGCCAGGAAAACUGUACUUACAGAAGAUUCAGCAGUAUGCUGGAGGCAAAGUUGGUAUGAAGGCUAUUAGCUAUGCACCAACAAUUCUCUGGUUCCUGGAUUGGUCUGACAUGGAUGUACACCUUGAUACUAUUGCUCUGAUGGGAAUGGGACUGUCGAUGUUUAUAUUAAUCGCUGGAUGUGCCAACAUGAUAAUCAUGCUUCUUUUGUGGAUUCUCUAUCAUUCUCUGGUGAACAUUGGCCAGAUCUGGUAUUCCUUCGGCUGGGAGUCUCAACUUCUGGAAACUGGGUUCCUUGGUAUUUUCCUGUGUCCUGUGCUGACUCUCCGCACCAUUCCACAUCAUACACCACCAUCCAAAAUUGUCAUAUGGUCUUUUCGUUGGCUCAUUUUCCGCAUCAUGCUGGGGGCGGGUCUGAUUAAAAUUCGUGGGGAUCGAUGUUGGAAGGACCUGACCUGUAUGAAUUACCAUUACGAGACUCAACCUGUGCCUAAUCCAAUUGCAUAUUAUAUGCAUCGAUCCCCAUUGUGGUUCCACAGCUUUGAAGUUCUUACUAAUCAUUUCAUUGAGCUCAUCGUGCCCUUUUUCCUAUUUCUUGGACGCAGGAUGUGUGUAAUCCAUGGAAUCUUGCAGGUCCUUUUUCAGGUCUUACUCAUCAUAAGUGGGAAUCUCAGCUUCUUGAACUGGUUGACUAUUGUUCCAAGUAUUGCCUGCUUUGACGACUCCAAUCUGGCCUUUCUCUUUAGCUCACGACAAGGAGGGGUCAAGGAUCAAGUGUCUAAGAUUCAAGCUGAGGCGGCAGCGGGUCAGAAACCACCUACUCAUCAUGGUAUCUUUAUUCGACAAGUGCUGAAUGUGUCCUUUGGGGUUCUUAUUGCCUACCUCAGUCUACCAGUGGUUAUAAACCUGCUCAGCUCAAAACAAAUGAUGAACACUUCCUUUAAUCCGCUUCGAAUUGUCAACACUUACGGAGCCUUUGGAAGUAUUACAAAGGAACGGACUGAAGUCAUAAUUCUGGGAACAGUGAGUCAGGAUCCGAAUGACCCGAGUGCCUUGUGGGAGGAAUACGAGUUCAAAUGUAAACCUGGUGAUUUGAAGCGGAGACCAUGUAUUAUUACUCCAUACCAUUACCGCCUUGAUUGGCUUAUGUGGUUUGCAGCAUUCCAGACCUAUGAACAAAAUGAAUGGUUAAUCCACUUGGCAGGAAGACUACUGAUGAAUGAUAGCCUAGUACUGUCUCUAAUGGCGCACAACCCAUUUCAGAAUCAAGGAGCACCACGUUGGGUAAGAGGUGAACAUUAUCGCUACAAAUUCAGCCAGCCCAGUGGCAACCAUGCAGCAGAGGGGAAGUGGUGGAUUCGGAAGCGGAUUGGCGUGUAUUUCCCGCCUGUCAAUUUGAAGGGUUUGAAGAAGUAUUUUAAGGAACGAGACUGGCCAAUUCAGUGAGACCGAUUGAAGUCAGAUGUUUCCACUGGGAUUACAACCAGCUUCCAGUUUAAAAAAAAGACACCUUAAUGGUACCUCAGGAUUGCAAACAUGCACCUCAUACAUAGAUUAAUGUACAUUUCACAGAAUCAACAUGAUUGGUAUUUAUCAACAAUGUAAAUAAUUUGACCUUAAAUCUUAUGGAAUAAACAUAAUAUUUUCAUGUCAGACUCUACUUCAACUGUUGAUGUUAUCUCAACUGUAUUUCUGACCAAUUUUUAGUUUACAUUGUGUCCAACUUUUCCAUGUUUUUACAGAUUUUUGUUUUGUGAUUUUAUCUGGGUAUUUCAGUCCAUUAUUUGGUUACAUUGUGUGCAGCUCUUGCCUCAGUGAUGAGUUAAGAAGCACGAGAAGGAUGUUAUUGUUGAGAGUAGUAGUGGAAAAAAUGCUUAAUGUAUUGAAAGAACAUUACAUUGACCCACUGGUGAGGUUGAAGAGGGUUAUGACUUCCCUCAUUCUCUAAUCCUUAGAGUUCAGCCAGUGGGGCUUUGAGUCACAUGAGCCUCAGUUCAUCAUCCUCAGUUUCCCAAUUGAGCUUGAUUUUCCCUCAAUCAUUCCCAGGAUUUGGGCAUCACUGAAUGGGCCAUCAUUUACUGCCUAUUCCUAUUUGUUCUUGGGCGAUUAGUGAUAACUUCCCUUUUUGAACUACUUCAGUCUGUGUCUUCCCAUUUGGCCUUCUGGUCUGUGCAGGUCCUGGUCCAGCCUGCCGGUCCGUGGUGUUCCCCACUUGACCUUUAGGUAAGGUGAGUUUGAUAUUCCCCAUUUUCCAAAUUGGCUUCCUUCCUGUAACAAGUUCCAAAUGUUCCCUAUCCCAAGCCAACCAAACAUUGUGCCAUUUCUGCCUUAUCAACUAUUUGAAUGAAGUUUUUAAAAAGGGGUUCAAUUUCUCCUUUUAGAAUGAUGGAGCAUUAAGCAUUUAAUUACUAUUAUUGUCAGCAGAAAUACUAAAUCCAGAAUUGUGUCCCACUGUUUUGAUUGUAAGGACAUAAUGAUAUUGUGUGAGAACGUGGAACAUUAAAAUGAGUCUGGGGACCAUUGAAAUUGAA